UGGUUGCUAGGCAACAGAUCAACGCUUUGUGAAGUGGACCGAGAAGGAGCGUGACAGACCCAAACCCACACCUGACGGAUUUUUCUCUCUUUAUUCCUCUAGUUUGAUAAACAAAAACACCUGUUAGUUUUGGCGUCACCUGAUCCUGCUGCAGCCCUGCGUACCUGCAGACACACGAACAGGUAAAUAAGCUCCACCUCUCGCAUGUUACAUGAGCUCAGAGUCGGUGAGGGUGGUGGUCAGGAGCAGGCCCCUGAAUGACCGGGAGAAGGCUGUCAGCUCGGGGGUGGUGCUGUCCAUGGACCUGCAGCACUGCCAGUGCUUCAUCUGGAAGCCCGGGGCCGAGGACGAGCCCCCCAAACAGUUCACCUUUGAUGGGACCUACAGCGGCGAGCACGCCACGGAGCAGCUGUACAACGAGGCCGUCUGUCCUCUGGUGGAGGGGGUCACUGAAGGAUACAACGGCACCAUUUUUGCUUAUGGACAAACAGGAAGUGGCAAAUCUUUCACCAUGCAGGGGGUGUCUGAGCCGGAGGCCCAGAGAGGGGUCAUCCCUCGGGCUUUUGAGCACAUUUUUGAGAGCAUUCAGUGUGCAGAAAAUACCAAAUUCCUGGUGAGAGCCUGUUACUUAGAGAUUUAUAAUGAAGACGUUCGGGAUCUUUUGGGAAACGACGUCAAACAAAGACUGGAGUUGAAGGAGCAUCCGGAGCGGGGGGUUCACGUGCGUGACCUCUCCAUGCACAGUGUGCACAGUGUUGGGGAGUGUGAGAGGAUCAUGGAGAGAGGCUGCAGGAACCGGGCGGUGGGCUCCACGCUGAUGAAUAAGGACUCCUCCCGCUCCCACUCCAUCUUCACGCUUCACCUGGAGAUCUGCAGGACAGAUUCCUCGGGGCGGGAUCACCUCCGGGCGGGAAAACUCAACCUGGUUGACCUGGCAGGAAGUGAGCGUCAGUCUAAAACCGGAGCGACAGGCGAGCGCCUCCGGGAGGCCACCAAGAUCAACCUCUCCCUGUCAGCUUUGGGCAACGUCAUCUCUGCUCUGGUGGACGGCCGGUCCAAGUUCAUCCCCUACCGGGACUCGAAGCUGACCCGGCUGCUGCAGGACUCUCUGGGAGGAAACACCCGGACCCUGAUGAUCGCCUGCCUCUCACCUGCAGGAAGCAACUAUGAGGAGAGCUUGAGCACGCUGCGAUACGCCAACCGAGCCAAGAGCAUCCAGAACAGACCACGAAUCAACGAAGACCCCAAGGAGGCUCUGAUUCGGGGGUACCAGGAGGAGAUCAGGAAGCUGAGGGCCCUCCUCCAGCUGGACACUGGAGACCCCUCAUCUCUUCUGGCUGCUGAGAGUCCAGCUUUUCCUUCAAGGCCACCGUCCACAUCUGAGGCAGCCAAGGAGGAGAAGAUUAAAGAGGAGUUUCAAAGGAAGAUCGCCAAGUUGCAAGCUGAGUUCAGUGCAGAGCAGGAGUCCAAGGCAAAGCUGCAGGAGGACUUGGCUUCUCUGAGGCUCUCCUACGAGUCUGAACUGUGGAGCCUGAAGGCCCAGGCCAGGAGGGGGAGCUCCACCUCCAGCAAACUUGAUGCUGAAAAAGUCACCAAAGCAACAGCAGCUUCUGACCAAGUAAAGGAACAGAAGGUAUGGAAGACUGAUCUGACCUCUAAGGUCAGCACGGUGGCGCCGCUGGACCAGAAGAACGCUCUGCUAAGGCUGCAGCAGCUGGAGCAGGAGGUGGUGGGAGGAGAGCAGGCCCGGAACCAGGAGCUGCAGCAGAAACGCAGGCAGAGGAAGAAGCUCGCCGACCAGAGGAAGGUGCAGCUCAUCCACGCUCUGUCAGAGGACAGCGAGGACAGCAACAGCGUGAUGCUGAAGGUCUACGACUCCAUCCAGGAGGAACUGUACGCCAAGAGCCAGCUGCUUAUCAAAGUCCAGGGAAAGCUGAAAAUGGCCAAACUGGAGAUCCGGGACCUGCAGGUGGAGUUUGAGGAGGAGAGGAACGACCUCCUGGCCACCAUCCGGAAGCUUGAGAGGGAGGCGCAGCUGACCAAGGGCCUGCUGGAGCGAAUGGCACCGCUGGUGCGGCGGGACUGCAACUACAGCAACCUGGACCGCUUGAAGAAGGAGGCCAUCUGGGAUGAGGAGAGCGCCGCCUGGAGGCUGCCAGAGGUGGUGGUGCAGAAAACAGAGUUACCCUCAGUGAACGCGUCCGCCCAGAGAGGCUCAGCUGCUGAGGCUGCAGACGCCCCCCCGCAGGUGGAGGAGGAGGACCGCUUCAAGGAGAUGCUGGACCGGAGUGAGAGUGAGACCCUCGCCUGGAACUACUUCAAGCCCAGGAGAGCCAGCCUGCUGCUGGGGGGCGACGCUGCAAAGGGACAUGCCCCGCUCUCUGUGACCCCCCCCGUCAGCUCGGACCCCGCCCUGCCUCGUCCCUUCCGACUGGAGGCCCUGACCACGGCGGCGUCCACCAGCAAGGGGAAGCGCAAAAAAGGCAAGCCUCACAUCCACGUGGAGGGGAAUUAAACCGACAGGCGCUCCAAGGCCUGGGGUGGGGGGUCCAGAUCCUUCAUCCUCCAGCUGCUGAGGGUCUGCGGAUGUUUGGUGGACGCAUUAAAGAUCGUCACUUCCUGUUUUUC